GCUUUCAACUUUACAACUCGCAGUCAGUCUUUGCAAACACAUCAGCAGUGGACUUCAGAGAGGAUAUAUAUCUUUUUAUAUAGUAUUUGACAUUUUUAAAGUUAUUUUGUGUUGGUUUGUUUUUUUAUUAAACUUUUGAAAAAAAGUCCUCUGUUUAGAGGAACAGAUUACAGUCGCUGAAACUAAACCAAGGACGGAUUUGAAAUAUUCUGAAAAUAAAGCAAAUUGAGUUCUGCGUGUUUAAAAUAUGAGUCGAUCCAAACGACUUGAGGGCACUUUGGAUAAGCAAUGGGAGGCUGAGAGACGUGGAGCCAAAAGGGCAGAGGUGCGACUUAACAAUGGGAUUCAGCAGAUAGAAGAUGCCCAACUUUAUCAUGUCAACACUAUGACCAGGGAGCAAAAGAAGCUCCAAAUGGAUUUAAUCAAGAUGAAACAGGCUUCGGCUAAGAGCAAAACCACCACUCGAAGUGGUGUACCCCCAGGAAAACCAGCUUUACAUUCAACAGGAGGCAGAGGACAGUUGCUCAGACCUGAAAAUCAUGCAGAAAGAACAAGAAAACAGUCUGCAUCCAGAUCCAAUGGGCCUGUGAUGGCUUCCGGUUCAUCUAUGACUCUUCAGAUGCGCAUUAAUGACUUCAUGGAUGGAGUUGGCAAAAAAGGCAAGAUGGCUGAGCCUCCUGUUUCUGGAAUGAGUGUGACAGAUGUAGGAAAUUCAAUAGCAAGAAGACUAAGCAUUUCUGGGAACUCAACGGUGACUGAAGUCAGAGAUUCUAAUAACAAAGACCAAGAUUCAGCCAGUGGAGUAACUAUGGAAUCCAGUGACAAGUCGCUAGGGUCAAGCAUGAAAUCCUUACAGGAGACCUUCACAAAACCAACAUAUGUUACCCCUCCAUCUGCAAGGUCAAGAAGAGGUUCUCUUUUCAAAGAAAAGCUUUAUUUUGAUGAAGAAACCUAUGCACCAGAUGGGGGGCUUCGGACCCUUCACACAAUGCCCAGUGCGAUGGACUCUUUUGAGGAGGCUAAAAAGGCAAGGUAUAUUCGGCAUACGAAGAAGAUCGAGUCGGAGAGGGAGCUAAGUGUGCAGGAGAUAUUCCAAAGAGAGCAAGCCCAAGAUGAUGAAGAAAACUACUCUGACAGUUAAAAAAAAGACAUUGCACAAUGAAAAUGUAAAACAAGCUUUUCCAUGUUUUGAUAACCAAACUUUACCCCAAAAAGUCAUUUGUUGUAUUACAUUAGUGAGACUCUUCGGGAUGCUUGUAUUAUUCUGUUGCUCAUGUAUUGCUACUGUAC